UGCUCCUGUGAGGUGUUGUAGAGUCUGUCCUUUGUUCCUCCUCCACCUGUCCUGCCCCUUUAAGAUGAGACAUUUCAAUCUAGGCGUGUUUCCUGCUUCCAUUGACUAAAACAGAGCUGGCAUCUGCAGGAGAAGAGGGGAAAGCAGCAGCUUCUGCAGUCACACAGGCGGAUCGUAGCUGUAAAUCCAGAGGGAUUCAUCUGUAUUUCAUGCUGAUUGAUUGAUUGAUCAGCUGCCCCCGCCGCCGUGGACGCGCUUUAUGAUUCUCCAGCUGAUAUGAAUGUCAGGCGGUCAAGGUCCGCCGUGCGCGCCGCCGCAGGAGGAGCCGCGGCGGGAUCAUCUGGCCUGGACACAUCUGUCGCAGAGGUUCGGCUGGAUUUCUAACAGCUCCGACCGGACCGGGAGUGGAUUAAACAAAAGGUCUCGUGGACACGCGGAGGAGUGGAUUAGAGAGCCCCGAUGAUGAGACUGCGACACUUUAAACCCCCCAAAAUGAUUUCCACUGCGCGCAGGUGUUAUUUAUCACUCUGUUUUUGACUGAUCAGAGGAACCGCGAGAGAAAAGCCCAACACAGGUCCGAUCAUAAGCAGGAAUCAUGUCGGCGGUGAUGAUCACCAGAAAGGUGCGAAAAUGGGAGAGGCUUCCGGGGAAGAACACCUUCUGCUGCGACGGGCGGGUGAUGAUGGCCCGGCAGAAGGGGGUCUUCUAUCUGACCAUGUUCCUCAUCGUGGGGACCUGCUCCCUCUUCUUUGCUUUCGAAUGUCCAUACCUGGCUGUCCAUUUGUCCCCUGCCAUCCCAGUUUUUGCUGCUGUGCUCUUCCUGUUUGUUAUGGCCAUGCUGCUGAGGACCAGCUUCAGCGAUCCUGGGGUUCUGCCCAGGGCUCUUCCAGAGGAGGCCGCAUUCAUCGAAAUGGAAAUUGAAGCUGCCAAUGGGAACGUCCCUGCUGGACAGCGACCUCCACCUCGAAUCCGUAACGUCCAGAUCAACAACCAGAUCGUCAAGCUCAAGUACUGUUACACGUGCAAGAUCUUCCGGCCGCCACGAGCGUCCCACUGCAGCAUCUGUGACAACUGCGUUGACCGCUUUGAUCACCACUGUCCUUGGGUUGGGAACUGUGUGGGCAAGAGGAACUACAGAUACUUCUACCUGUUCACGCUUUCCCUCUCCCUGCUCACCAUCUACAUUUUUGCCUUUGACAUCGUCCACGUGGUCAUGCGUUCAGUGGAUAAAGGCUUUCUGAACACUUUACAGGAAACACCUGGAACUGUGCUGGAGGUUCUGGUGUGUUUCUUCACCCUCUGGUCCGUCGUGGGAUUGACCGGCUUCCACACUUACCUGAUCUCUCUCAACCAGACCACCAAUGAGGACAUAAAAGGGUCUUGGUCAGGAAAGAACAGAAUCCAGAACCCUUACAGCCACAAGAACAUCAUCAAAAACUGCUGCGAGGUUCUUUGUGGGCCAGCGUACCCGAGCGUGUUGGACAGAAGAGGACUGAUGCAGGAGGAUUUGUCGAAUGCUGUGACCAGUUUUGCUCCUCCUUCCAUCAGCAUCCCAGCGCCACAAACCACGAAAACUACAGCUCCUCUCAUUCCCAAUGAACACACCCCUGACGAUGCUAAACCAAGCAUCGCUGCUUCAACAGAGAAAAUCUCCACCCACAAAGUCAAGAGCCCCUCCUCUAAAGAGGAGCAGCCUCCAGCGCCAAAGGUGCCACCUCUGGCUUCACCUGAAACCGACGCAGAGACGUCCAUUUCCAAGGAUAAGACCUAUUAGCUGCAUGGGUUUGGCAGCUCAUCCUAGAGCUCCUCCUUUAGCAUCCUUUCUCUUUGCAAACCGGACUGUUAAUAAUCGAUGUCUGCAUACGAGGCAGGUGACUCAGUUAUUCCCGACUCUUGUCCCUUAUUUCCUGAAGAGCGGAUCUUCUGCUCCUCUUCCCGGCAUUCGCUGCAGAGAUGUUUGAUUGACGCUUCGCUCCUGGGGGAAGAGGAGUGAUUCAAUAAGAGGUCAGCAGCAUUCUGUCUCCUGGAGACUGCACUGGAAAUCCAUGCAAGGGAGAAAAUGCUGCGGCGACGGCAAAAAAAAAACCUCUGCUCUUACUCCGACCAGACAUUUGAUCCUCAUUAAAACUGUAUUGUAACAUUAAUGUGAGAGGCCAGUUCAUGUUAUAUACGCCGUGCAAGCAUCUGACGGACAAAAGACUAAUGACUUUUGGACAGAUGUGAAACACAGUACAGCCAUCUCCCUUGUGCAUACAUUACCUGCCCUAUGCAAACUACAGGAAGGCCGGACAAGCAGCUUUGGAGGGUGUGGAUGAAGAUAAAUCCUUGCUUGGUUCACACGUUGUUGAGGCUGAAAGUGAAGACUCUAAGAAAAACUGCAGGCUGCUUCCACACAAAGUCUACUCUCUUCUGAUUCAGUUCAGGUGCCACGUACGUGCACCUAAUCUUUUUAUUUUUUGUAAAAUGAUGUCAACCAGAUCAAUGUCUGCCCUUCCAGUUAUGUAUAAUCAAGGAUGCCAUGUGAUAUAAAACAGUGAUAAAAAUAUUUGCAGGUUCUCUGCGCCUUUAAGCCGCAGGAUGUGAGACAGAAAAAGGCCUGAUGAGCAAAGACACUCGUAGUGACAGUGCCUUACUGAAAAAGCUGCCUCAGCAGCAGCUAAAAAGCCCCUCAGUGUUAAAGUAGGAAUAAAAUGAAUCCUGUGAGUCAUUAAAUAUUUAGAUAACCCGUUUGAUGGGAAACAAGUGUGUUCACCUACACUAAAUCUGAAAAUAAAGCUUGAAGCAGCUCUUGCAGUCUUAGCUUAGCAUGACAUAAUGAAAUCAAUGGGGAGCUGUUAGCAUGCAUGCCAUAAAAAUGACGUAUACUUAAUUUACUUUUUUUUCAAAAGAAACAAUAUGCAAUUCAUUGAUCGUAAGCGGUGGCCUGUUUUCUUUACAUUGACCUUUGAACUCUUCCCUGUUUCCAAUGCUAUGCUAAGCUAAGCUUAGCUAAGCUAAACUGAGAUUUUUAUCGUUUAUUGAAAAAAGUGACACUAAACGCUUCAAUUUUGUCUAAUCAAGAAGUAAAUUAGCAGGGAUGCAUUCUGAAAAAUUUAAAUUUCAUUAAAAAAGACAAAUAUUUGUUAAUUUGAAUCCUUUUUCCCCACCAAAACUGAUUUUCCCUCUAUAAAGUUAUCGCCGGUGUAAAUAGGUAAAAGUGGAAGACAGGAUUGUGUAAAGUGCACAAGAGGAAUGUUAUAUUUCCUCUAUUAUUCCUUCUGUUCUUGCAGUAUUUUGCCUCUAAAUUCAGCUCUUCCUCGUCUGUCACCAGGCUCGCUCCUGCAGUGCAGUUGACUGACAGCUCAUUAUCACAACGCAGAAAGGAGCGUCUGUCUUUCCAUUCUUAUUUUGGUCACAGUUUCCUUGAGCGUCCUGAAAGAGAAGGAAAUAGGAAAAGGUCCAACUCAAACAUAGCUUUUAGACAAUGUUAGGUGAUAGGGAGAGUUUGUAUUUGUGAUUGUGUCAUAUGCAAGACUAAGUUUGUGUUUGUGAAUCUUAUCCAUGUAGAUAAUUCUAACAUCGGACAAAUCUGACCAAAAUUUAGAAGGUGGAGAAGAUUUCAAAACUUGGGAGUGUAUUUUUUGUGUGUGAAGACAUUUAACUUUAAAGACCAACAUCAGACACAUUUAAGAAAAUAAAUGAAAAACCAAACUCCAUUUAAACCUAUUUUUUUUUUGUAACAAUUGGAUUUUGUUUUAAAUCAAUCAAACUCGCACAAAUUCCCAAGUAUAAUUUACUAAAUAACUUCAGGAAGUGAUCAAAUUUCAACAACUUGUGAUGUAUAUUGAUUUCUUAUUAGAUCAAUUGUUUAAUGGGAGAUGAUAAAACUGUGAUUCAGUAUUACUUGUGUGUGUAAAUUUGUUUAAAAACCUUUCAGAGAAAAGUCAAACUUUCCAGUUGGAUGUAAUAGGUUUAGAGCCUUUUUUUUAAACAUAAUUUCUUUCAGACCUUGACUGGAUUCAUUUUAUUUUCACCAACUUGCAAGAACACAUGCUGUUAAUAUUGAAUCAGAUGGAGGUUUGUGUUUUCAAAGCACACGUUAACGGGACGAUUCGACUUUCUUUUUGCAGUUUGCAGAGCUCUUGUAUUUAUGAAUUCUGUGUUAAAACCACGAUCAGAUCUGAAUGCUCUGAUUAUCCUGUUACAUUGCAUCAUGUAUACUAAUACAGUACAUGGAUGGAAUGCUUAUUUAUGUUCGCUUAGUUCAGUAUCAACACUGUGAUUACAUGUACUUUAAUUAAUUUGUUCACUUCUUUUUACAUGAUUAAUGUGUCUGGUAAAUAAAACAAUGUUGUCUUAUUAUAAAGUGAAA